CGGGUCUCUAGCAAGAUGCGUGUCAUAAUAGUUUUGUUGCUGUGUAUGCUGCUGCUCCAAUUCCUGGGAGAGGGCAAGUCUAUGACUAAGGUUAAGGGCAGGGGCAAGGGCAAGGGCAAUAAGCCGAAAGCCACAAAAGGGACAACUCCCCCUCCGACAACUCCAGCGAUAACGGAAAUUCCACCGUUUUUCAAAUAUUGUGAGACGAUUUUCAAGUGGAACUUUUUGGAUUUUGAGGUGAUUAAGAGCAUUGUGAAGGCUAUUACAGAACGCCUGGACUCGGUAUGCAAUGUGACCGAAAUGCAGCCCCUCGUGCCCACCAUUGUAGCCGGCAAUCUGUAUUGCAGCACCAAUCUACCGACUACGAUUGAUUUGCUUCUCGACUACGUUUUAGAUAAGGUCGAACGCAGUUGCCAGAAACUGAAGGAUUUCCACAGCCUUUUCAUAUACACGAGCGACAUUUAAGCCGGUGCGAGCCCGAAAAUUCAGUUUCAUUUCUCAAAUAUACAAAUUGCUUAUAGAAGAGACAACUUGUUACAAAUAA